GAUUCCAACCUCCUCUCCCAAAAGAGAUAGCUUUUCGGUUGGGGGAGAGAGAGAGAGAGGGUCAGGUGUUAGUGGCGGCGCAGUGCUGCAACCAACUGUAAACAACCGCAAUCUCCACAGCAAUUCAACUUAAAUUAAAUUUCAAUUUUCAUUUGGAUAUUUUAUUCAGAAAUUGAAAUAUCAGCUUCUUUGGCGUUGUUCGUUUUUUGCCUCGCCCAUCUGGCCAAUAGCAUAAGUAUAUACCCUCUCUCUCUCUCUCUCCUCUCUCACAUUCUCUCUCUAAAGCCUUUGUAUUUGUCCCGACAUUGGUGAUUUCCUAGAAGCCUCCUGAAAUCCCCACACGCAUAUGGUACAAUCUCUCUCUCUCUCUCUCUCUCUCUCUCGCACGCGCACACUCUCUUUCUGUGGAGUGCAUUUUGGAGCUUCUUCAAGCGAUCCAGAUUUUCGGUGUUUUUAUAGGAUCUCAACUUUUUGCAUUUUUUGUGGCAUUGUUCUUGCGAUUUCAGAUCUGCGAAAUCACGAAAAAGAUCAUCUACAACAUUUGAACUGUGAUCAUAGUUGUGGUGGAAAUACUAGUCCAGUGAGCGAUGCAAUUCGGAAACGUGUUUCACGAGCUAUUCGAGAUGAGAGGUGACAAGGGGAAGAAAUCAAGAAGAGGAGGGGAAGAGAGGAAGCACACGCGCCGCCGUGCGAAAUCUCACAUUGCCCCGGAACAUACAUUGUCAUCACCCGCAGCAGUUGAGCAAACCAAGUGGGCAAACUUGCCCCCGGAGUUGCUUCUCGACAUAAUCCAACGCGUUGAAGCGAGUGAGACUUCCUGGCCUGCUCGGAGGGAUGUGAUUGCUUGCGCUUCGGUUUGCAAGUCGUGGAGGGAGAUUACGAAAGGGAUAGUCAAGACUCCAGAGCAAUGUGGCUGGCUUACCUUCCCUGUCUCACUCAAGCAGCCGGGACCAAGAGAUGAUCCGAUCCAGUGCUUUAUUAAGAGGGAAAGAGAAACUUCAACAUACCUACUGUAUCUUGGUCUUAGCCCUGCUCUGUGUGGGGACGUGAGUAAGUUAUUGCUGGCAGCAAGGAAGGUCAGACGGGCAACAAGUACACAUUUUGUUGUGUCCUUGGUUGCAGAUGAAUUCUCUCGAGCAAGCAUUACUUAUGUUGGAAAAUUGAGGUCUAAUUUUCUGGGAUCCAAGUUUACCGUUUAUGACAGUCAGCCUCCACAAGACUCAGCAAUCCAAACAAAUUAUCAGUCACAUCGAAAAAUCAAUCCAAAGAAGGUAUCUCCAAGGAUGACUGCUGGUAGCUAUAGUGUUGCUACUGUAUCGUACGAGCUCAAUAUCCUCCGAACAAGGGGACCAAGGAGAAUGCAAUGCAUCAUGCAAUCAAUACCCAUGUCAGCAGUUCAGGAAGGGGGCGUUGCUCCUACUCCAACAGAGUUAGCGACCUGCCUUCCUCCAAAUUGCUGUGCAUUGCAAGUUUCAAAGGGAUCGAAGCAGCUUGCCAACUUUUGCUCUAGUGACCCCACAACGGAUUUGGAACAAGGCACAAAAGAUCCGGUCAUUUUGAAAAACAAAGCUCCUAGAUGGCACGAGCAGCUGCAGUGUUGGUGUCUGAAUUUUAAGGGACGCGUUACAGUGGCCUCUGUGAAGAAUUUCCAGCUGGUGGCCGCUGCAGAGCCUUGCCAUAAUGCUCCAUUGGCUGAAGAAGAGAAAGUAAUACUGCAAUUCGGGAAGAUUGGUAAAGACAUUUUCACAAUGGACUAUCGCUACCCUCUCUCUGCUUUCCAAGCCUUCGCAAUUUGCUUGAGCAGCUUUGACACGAAACCAGUCUGCGAAUGAUUACUGUCUAUUCGCAUCACAUGACCAUCAUGCUCGUCUUCCCUUAGAAUGAACUGUAAAUAUACUUUUGAAACAGAGCACUUUAAGUUAUGGCUUUUGGUCAUCAGCAAGUGCCUUUGCUGAAGUUGCCGUAGUCUGUGUAAUGGCAGUAACCCGUAUAAAGCAUGCUGUAAGUUGCCAAUUUAUUUAUUUGCGUGAACGCAGUUGUAUGCAACUGGAGGAUGUACGAAAGUCCGUCUUUUCUCAUAAGGGUCUCUUGUAUUGAAUCUUGAUAUUCAAAUGCAAUUUUGUACAUAUUUCAUAUUAA